GCUAUCUGGAGCACUACAGGCAAAAAUUCGCCGCCAUCAUCAACAAGAAAAGAAAAUGGAGGUCACACCGUUGCAUUGACCGUACGCCAAACUACAUUAAUGCUAACAAAUCACUAUCUUAAAUAGAAGAGUUCCAGUCAUCAUAGCAAACAGAUAUUCUGUUUGAAAAAUAGUGUCUCUCUGCUAUGGAGGAGAGUGUGAGCCCUGAGCUGGCUCAAGCCCAUGAGCCUGAGCCCAGCCAGGAUCCUGUGGAUACCAGUUCACAAGAACCAACAUCGGUCUCAGACGAAGUCAAAGAUCAAAAAGACCAAGGUGAUGUUAGUGAAGACAAGGUAGAGGACCCUGAUAAAUCCACAAAGCCCUUAGGCGAGUUUAAGAAGACUUGGGGCUUUCGUCGGACUACCAUUGCUAAGAGGGAAAUUUCUGGAGAAAUGGCAGCGGAGACUCCAGAGGGCAAGGGCGCCCCGGUGCGUCGUAGCGGCAGACAAGCAAAGCGCACGGACAAACUGGAAGAGUUUCUGGUCACUGUGAAGCGAGGAAGAGGAACGGGCAGGAGAAGUUGUCCCUCACGACUUGAGGGAGGGGAUCCUCCAUCCCAGACCCCAACCGAUGCUGAAACUGCUUCCGAGGCCAGCUUUGACGGAAAUGCCGAAGCCAAAUUAGAGGAACAGAAAGUGGCCUCACCAGGGAAAAGGGGCCGGGGAAGGGCGAGAAGGGCAGUGGUGCCUAAAGCAGACGAAGACUCAGUGAGUGAUGAUGGCAGCUCUGAAAACGAAGAUGAGGCUGAAAGUGAAGUAGCAAAAGAGACUCAAGAACACGCUGAGACUGAAGCCAGUGCUGAAGAUGGGAAGGAUGUGGAAGCAAAAAAGGAACAAGCGAUGGAUGUGGAGAUGAAAGAAGAGGAAGAAGUGGAGGAUGGUAAUAAGAGCAAAGAGAAGGCCUCAAAUGAGUCCAUAAAAAGACGUCUUACCAGAGCAGCCAGUAAAGAUUCUAAAAGAGACACUAAACCCAAAGUAGGAGUGAAGCUCCGCAAAGAGAAGAAAGAGAAUGAGGAUGACGAUGAUGAUGACGACGAUGAUGAUGAUGAUGAUGAUGAGUCGUCGUCGUCCGGUGAUUGCGACAGUGAUGGUUAUGACCCUAAUGCACUUUACUGCAUCUGCAGGCAGAAACACAACAAAAGGUUUAUGAUCUGCUGCGAUCGCUGCGAGGAGUGGUUUCAUGGCGACUGUGUCGGCAUCUCUGAGGCACGUGGCCGACUGAUGGAGAGAAAUGGAGAGGACUAUGUCUGUCCAAACUGCUACACACAGAAGGGGCAGAUUUCCAAGGCCGGCUCCUCCACGGCAGCUGCAGAGAAUGGCAAACGGCCAGUAGCUGGCCUUCGUAAAACUGAGACCGGUCUCGCUACAGCAUCUAGCACUUCUCCAGCCACCACAGAGGACAAAACUUCUGAUGACCUGGGUAUCAAGGGGAGGAUCGAGAAGGCUACCAAUCCUAGUGGGAAAAAGAAAAUAAAGAUUUUCCAGCCGCAGGUGACUGCAGUUCAGGAAUCUUCCCUCCCAAAAUGCAUCGGCCCUGGCUGUGAGAGAGAUGCCCUCCCUGACUCUGUCUACUGUGGGAACGACUGCAUACUCAGACAUGCUGCUGCUGCCAUGAAGAUCAUCACCACGGAUGGAAAAGACUCCAAACAGAAAGAGAGGGGCAAACCCAAAAUGCAGAAAAAGACCAGAAAUAAAUCACCACAGAAGAAGAGGUCUGGACCAGAAAGGAGGUCCUCUAACCAAGGUGAGGAGGAGGAGGAGUCAGAAUCUGGGACUGAGGAAGAGGAUGAUGAUGAAGACAAGCAUGCAGAGGAGCAUCCGCCGCCUCCGGCCAUGUCAUCCUGGUCCAGUGACCAUAAUUACAUUGCAGUAACGCCAGAAAAGACUACACCCAUAUCAGCAUCUGUGUUAAACAAAGCGUCAGCUCCCCAAAAAGACAAAGAAAAAGAAGGCAAUGAAGAGGUCAAGCCAGAGAAGGAGACUGCACCCGCUGACAAGAAACCCCCUGUUACAAAUAUUGCUCCCAAAGGUGGGAAGAAGUCUCCUGGCUCCAAGGGGACAAAGGCUGCUGCUGCUGCCACCUCUCCUCUUCCUAAAGGCAAAACAAAUGCAGCUCCUUUGAGCAGUGGCAGAGAGUUAAGAAAACAGCCCAUACCGCAGGGCAAAGUGAAGAAGCCGGGACCUCCUCCACCACCAAUUCCAGUUUUAUCUCCUUCAGGCCCCCCCGGAUCUCGCCACCAUGCCUCUGGAGCUCUUCGAGUUGGCAAAAGCACCUUUACUAUCCCAAAAAAACAGCCACAGGCAGGACCAAAGGAGCCUGCAGAGCCUAGUCCCUCUCCUAACACUAGAACCCCACCUUCCCCAGUAUCAUCCACCCAACACCCAUUGCCCAAACCAACCCAGCCAACUGCCACUACUGGCCCUCCACAGCCGCCGCCCAACAACCAGAUGAGAUCCAACAUCAGACGAUCACUGACUGAUAUCCUGUACAAAAGAGUCAGUGACAGUGAUGAUCUCUCCAUGUCUGAGAGCGAAGUGGGAAAGUUGGCUGUCAGCAUUGAGAAGGAGAUGUUUAACCUUUAUUUGAACACUGAUAACAAGUACAAGAACAAGUACAGGUCCCUUAUGUUCAACCUGAAGGACCCCAAAAACAAGGGCCUGUUCUAUCGUGUGAUUGGUGGCGAGAUCAGUCCUUUUAGGCUGGUUAGACUGAGUCCAGAAGAACUUCUUUCCAAGGAGAUGUCAGACUGGAGAAAAUCUGAAAUCUCUGAGAGUCCCAGUGGGAGAUCCCAGCCCAAAAGUGGAUCUAGACAGGAGGGUCCUCCCCCUGAUGUAGACAUGGAGGAAGCUCCUCCUCCUAUGUCUGAUGGAGAUGUAUGUAUGCCUGCCACUUCCCAAUCUCCCUACUUGGCUUCUGCUGCUGACUCCCAAGAGGACACACGCCCUACUUCUGCACAGCAAGCACCAGUCUCUGCUGGUAAAGGCAGCUCAAUGCCAGAUAUCUUCAGUAUUAUGCUGAAAGACACUACAGCAGAGCACAAGGCUCAUCUUUUUGACCUGAACUGCAAGAUCUGUACAGGCCAAAAGUCUGCAGAUGAUGAACCACCAUCUAAAAAACACAAAAUGUCUGUGCCUAAAAAGCCAGAGCCAUCUUUUAAGUCUAAACCGGAGCCACGACCAUCCAAAUCCCCUGCUGAUCUCCCUCACGUUUCCUCUCUCUCUGGUGUUGAAAUGCCUUUGCCUGAUUCUACGUCUGUGAUGGAGGAUACAAGCAGUGUAUUUCCUGUGGUUCAGGCCCCAGUCACUGCUGCUGUACCAGCAGUCUCUUCCGUUACAAUAACCCGAAGGGAUCCUCGUACGGCUGGUCACCGGUCAUCUGUGCCUAACAUAGUCCCUGAAAUUCCUGCUAUGCCAGCAAAUAUUCCUAUCUCUGUUGAACCUGCGGUUGUAGAAGCAAAAGGUCCUUUGCCUAUGCCCCCUCCUGCCCCAGCAUCUCUACCCAGACCUGUGAUGCCAAAACCAGCCUCUUCACAAGAUCUGCGCAUUUAUGGCUCAAAUACUACCAGUGUGUCAGAGCCCACUCCUGAGGGUGAAACCGCUUUGUUCUUGUCUGGACAAGAGAUGAUGUGGAAAGGAUUCAUAAACAUGCACACUGUUGCCAAGUUUGUCACAAAAGCCUAUAUGGUUUCAGGAUCAUUUGAGCAUAUUAAGGAGGACUUGCCUGACACCAUCCAUAUUGGUGGUAGAAUAUCACCACACACUGUUUGGGAUUAUGUGGGAAAGUUGAAGACUUCACUGUCAAAAGAACUGAGUCUCAUUCGUUUCCAUCCAGCGACUGAAGAGGAGGAGGUGGCGUAUGUUUCUCUGUUUUCUUAUUUCAGUAGCCGUAAGCGGUUUGGAGUAGUGGCAAACAGCAACAAACGCAUUAAAGACCUUUACCUCAUCCCUCUGAGUUCAAAAGACCCACUUCCUGCGAAGCUUCUGCCAUUUGAUGGACCAGGUCUGGAACCAGCUCGUCCCAAUCUCCUUCUGGGGUUGUUGAUUUGCCAGAAGGACAAGAAGCGUCCUGGGGCCCCUCUAGAGAAUGAGGAGAAACGCUCUAAAACUGUAAGAGAUGAUGAGACAGGCCUUCCAAAACCAUCCAUUAUUGCUAAAUCUGAAAUAAAACAGGACAAAGUUCUUCGAUCUAGUCUGGAUGCUAUAAGCACAACUCCCCCAGGCACCCCUCCACCCUUCAGUGCCCCUGAGUCUUUAAGUUCUAUCUCUUCUGUGUUUUCCAUGCUCUCCUCUGUGAAAGCACCUGGUGUCAGCACCAGCACAGGUAGUAAUUCUCCAUCCUCAAAUGUCUCAGCACCAUCUACAGCCACUCCACUUCAGACUAUCCUGAAAACACUUUUUGGUAAGAAGAAGCAAGAUUCUGAUGUCUCGUUAUCACCUUCAGAUCAAAGUGCUGUAGAUGUCUCUGUGCCCAUACUGGAUCCAAUUGUACAGCGGUUUGCCGUAACCAAGGGUAGAGAAGUAGAAGUACAGGACGAUAGACCAUAUGAUCCUGAAGAAGAAUAUGACCCAGGUGUUGGCUAUGGUUCAGAAAAUACCCAUAAUACAACAAAAGUAUCUGCUGUCAUUAAGCAAACAGAGGUCACCUCUAUGACGGAUGAUGUAGCUUAUGACCCUGAGGAUGACUCUCUUUUUAAUGAUUCUGGAGUUGAUCCAGGUGCUAAAAAAUUAACUGAGCAUCAAAAAGUGCUUGAAGACAAAGAAAUUGAGGAACAGAAGCACGAGGAAGCAGCUCAUCAGCAAAUACCAGAGACUUUGAUUUCUCAGCCUGUCACAUCUCUGUUAGCUAACAGUCAAUUGCUGCAGCUUGGUAAAAAGGUUGAAGAGUUGGUGGCGAAGAGUUCAGCUGCUCCAGUUAUUAACCAGAGAAGAGACCCAAGGCAGAGUAGAGACCCUAGACAGGCAGCUGCAAAUAGAAGACAGACUUCUGAUUCCACAGAGACAGAGGAGGAAUCUCCUGUUACUACAGAUACAACAUUUCCACAAGAAGAUACAGCGAUGGAGACAUCACUAACACAAACUUGCUUAGCCGCAGACACACAACCUGCACAGCUGGACUCUACUGAAGAUACACCAGUAGAGGAUGCAACCGCAGAUACUCCCCUUUUGCAAGUUACUGCCACCUUGGAUUCAGUGCAGCCUGCUAUCCUGCAUCCAGAAGCAUCUGAGUCUGAGGAAGAAGGAGGUGAGGAGGAGGAAGCAAGCAAGAGUGAAGUGGUGCCUUUUCUUGAUAUAGAGAGCACAGACGUUUCUAUUCCGUUACUAGGAGAAAAGAUUGACCCAGAGUUGGUGGAAAGCUACAUGGAAAACGAACCUGAAGAGGAACACAAAACGAAGGAUGAUCCUAUUGAAUCUGAGAUUAAAAGUUUUGAGGAGGUUUGGCCUAAUUCUGCCAGUAUUUUGAAACCUGAUUCAUCCGUUGGACAGUCUAUUUUAAAAGCUGACCCAGUUUCAUCCAUUGGGCAGCCUAUUGAGACCACUGCAACCACAUAUUAUAACAUUUCAACAAUCAGUUUAAAUAAUAAUAAUAAACACUCAGGAGUGCCACACGAUGUCAUCCAAGACAACUCAUCUUAUAUGGAUUCUCACAGUUCCCAUAUACAGCAUAUACCAACAACAAACCCUCCUAACAUUCCACCUCCAAUGUCUUUUCCUCCUCCAAUUGGGCCUCCACCUAUUCUUGGUCUACCUCCAAUGCAAGGCCCUCCACCAAUGCCUGUUCCACCACCCAUGCAUCUCCCUCCACCAAUGCAGAUUCCCGCAAUGCAAGGUCCACCUCCUCCUCGUGGGGAUAAUGAUCAUUCUCAAUAUCCACUACCUGCAUCAUAUCCACCUUUCCAGAAUCAGUGGGGUAGCAGUUCUCAGUUUGAUGCUGCUCCAAGAGGUCCACCACCUCCGAAUUUUACCCCACGAGGACCACCUCCAUUCCAACCAAUUGGUCAGAGAGGUCCUCCUCCUCAGAUCUUCGACAAUUCUAUGAAUCCAAUGCCUCCUCAGCAUAUUGGACCAAGAGCCCCACAUGCAGGGCCUCCACUACCCGGGCCACCCCCUCCCAGCUUUGAUGGACAAAGGUUUAAUGGGCCUCCACCCCCCUUUAGCUUCUCUGCACCUAGGGGCCCACCUCCACCAUUCCCCAGUCCCCCUCCAAAUCCUUUUGUUAAUAGAGCUCCAACACCAUCCCACUUCCCAGGGCCAAGAGGCCCACCUCUGCUUCAUAAUAUUGGGGAUCAUGGCCCUCCAUCUAACAUGUCAAGAGGACCUGGUGAUCAUUUUGAAGAUGGUGGGAACUCUUAUCAUCAGGGAAUAGAGAAGCCCCAGAUACCCUCACACGGGCCUCCCUUUAGGGGACCACCACCAAACCACUUUGAUGGACGUAGAGGACCUCCUGGUCCUAUAGGUGAAAUGUCAGGACAGCGAUUUCCACCUCAGAACCAAUUCCGUGGUUCACCUCAACACAGGGGAUCAUUUGAGGAACCACGGGGAACUUCAUCUCAAGACUUUGAAAGGCACCGGGGACCAUUUGAGGAACCACGGGGAACUUCAUCUCAAGACUUUGAAAGGCACCGGGGACCAUUUGAGGAACCACGGGGAACUUCAUCUCAAGACUUUGAAAGGCACCGGGGACCAUCAGUUCAACAAUUUGGUGGCCAGAGAGGUCCACCAGUAGGACAUUAUGAUAAGGAAGCUGUUGGCCCGCCAGCACGAUUUAACUACAAUGAUGAUGGUCCAAAUGAUGUUAGAGAUGUUAGACCUGUUCGUGGACCUCUGCUUCCAACACCACCUGAAGGUCCCAUCCCAAUACAGGGUCGUAUAGGUGGACACAGCCCAGACACCCACCGCGAUGACCACUGGAGACGUCACUCACCUGAAAUGAGGAGGAGAAGCAGUUCCAGCCGAGACACUGCAGAGCCACAUAACCGUCCAAGUAGAUUUGAUGGUGGUUCGCGUGACAGAGAUGCCCCCUCAAGAAUGUCUGAAGAGAGGCAGCGUGACUUGUCUGAGGAUAGGAGGAGAGACCGAGACAGAGAAGGUGGACAUAGUGGAAGAUCAUGGGGCUGGAACAGGGAUCAUGAACAUGAACGGGGCAGAGAAAGGGAUCGUGAAAGAGACCGGAGCAGGGAAAGAGAAAGGGAGCGGGGUCGCAGCAGGGAAAGGGAAGGAGAACACAGUCGGGAGAGGGAUCGCAGAGAGCCUGACCGAUACGGAGAUGGAGACAAGAGGAGAGACCGGGAUCGGGAUCGAGAUCGAGACCGAGACCGCGGCAGGGAGAGAGAUCAAGACCGAAAAGACUAUGACCGAGACAGGGAGAGAGAUCAAGAUCGAAAAGACCAUGACCGAGAAAGGGAGAGAGAUCAAGAUCGAAAAGACCAUGACCGAGACAGAGAUCGAGAUCAAGACCGAAAAGACCAUGAUCGAGACAGGGACAGAGAUCAAGACCGAAAAGACCAUGACAGAGACAGAGAUCGAGAUCGAGAUCAAGACCGGAAAGACCAUGACCGAGACAGAGACAGAGAUCGAGAUCGAGAUCAAGACCGGAAAGACCAUGACCGAGACAGGGAGAGAGAUCAAGAUCGAAAAGACCAUGACCGAGACAGGGAGAGAGAUCAAGACCGAAAAGACCAUGACCGAGAGCGAGCAAAGAACAGGGACAGAGAUAGAGACCGUGACAGAGAUAGAGACAGGAGAAGAGAACGCUCAAGGAGUCGGGAUCGAGAACGCGGAAAAGACCGUGAGAGAAGAGAUCGGGACAGAGAACGGGACAAAGACAGAGGCAAGGAGAAAGACAGAGACAGACGGGACAGAAGCAGGAGCAGAGAAAAGAAAGAGGAAAGAAAAGAAAGAUCUGACAACUCAAGGGCAAAGUCUACAGAAUCUGAAAACCCAUCAUGAAUGUCAUUCAUCUUGACUGUUGACUGACACAUUUUUUGUUUCUUUAUAAAUUUGCAUGAGUUUGAACGUUGCGUUUGAAAGUCACUUUUGUACUUUCCUUGCUGAAUAUUUUAUGCUUUUUACUUACAAGUCCUUGUUGUGUUGAUAACAUCUUCAGGUGUACUUCUUAUGUGGUGAUAAUUUUGUCAGCACAAUAUACUCUCCCUGUACUGAUGUUUUAAUGAAAACUAUGGACAACUUCACAGAUCUUCACAGAUAAAAAAAAAUUAAAAAACAAGACAUGUAAAUAUGUAUGUUUGUGUAUAUACAGGUAUGUUUUUAACUACUUUUUUUCUAAAUAGAGAAGUCAUAAGCCAUAUAGCUUUAAAAUUGUUUAAAGGAAAUGUCUUCAAAAGGUCUUUAUAUGGUAAAAGCUUAACCACCGUUUCAUGAAUAUGUCUGAUGGCUAUUGUUAUUGAUUGACCUGACGACACUCCAAAUGUUCAUUUAAUUUGUUCAAUAAAUUCUGUGAUUGUAAAACAUA